AUGGCCAAAGAUCCAUUAAACGAAUUACUGGAAUUUUUGAGACCAGAAUGCAGGAUAGAUUUAAAGCACAUCUCCUUACAGCAUUUAAUCGGUGUGUCAGGAACUGAAGAAGGUAUACAAGUUAUUUUGAAGAAUGAUACUUUGUUAAAAUCUAUUAUCGAUUGUACAGACGACAGGACGGACGAAAUUGCCAAAAAUGCACUUUUACUUCUCAUUAAUAUCACUGCUUACGAGAAAGGCGCUACAGAAUUAUUACAACUUAAACCGAACACGAAGAAAAGCGUCUUAGAUAUUUUUAUAGGUUAUGUACUAGAUCCCCAAAAAAAUCAUGCUGACGCUGCUUGCAUGAUACUUUGUAACAUCACGCGAGUCGAAAACAACAUUGAGAAAUGUGUAGACUCUAUUUUACCAUGUUUAAAUGACCUUUUGAAUGUUUUCGCUAACACAGGAUUCAACAAAAAAGGCUCAAAUUUAGAUUAUUUAGCACCUAUGAUAAGUAAUAUCAGCUGCAGCCCUAGAAUACGCCGUUGGUUAACCGAAGAGAAUCCACACGUACCAUUAAUAAAAUUACUACCAUUUUGUAAUUAUGAAGGAUCAAACAUUAGAAGGGGAGGAGUAAUAGGCACAAUACGAAACUUAACUUUUGAUAUUGAGUGCCACGAAUUUUUAUUAAGCCCAGAUUUAGAUAUACUAACAUACCUGCUAGGACCAUUAAUGGGAAAUGAAGACUAUACAGAUGAAGAAAUGGAUAAAUUACCAAUUGCAUUACAGUAUUUACCAAAAGAGAAACAGAGAGACGAAGACAUAGAUAUUAGAAAAAUGAUUUUAGAAACAUUAAAUAAACUAUGUUGUAAGAGAGCAUCUAGAGAGAUUCUAAGAGAGAAUGGUGUUUAUUAUGUGUUAAGGGAAUAUCAUAAGUGGGAAAAGGACCCCACUGUGCUUCUAGCAUGUGAAAAUGUUGUAGAUAUACUAAUACAGAAGGAAGAAGAAGUUGGGGCUGAAGAUCUUUCCACAGUUGAUGUGCCUGCGGAUAUGUUUGAAAAGUUUGAAAAAAUGGACAGCGAUUACAUCAAAUAUGCAUAA